ACCCGCCCUGGGUCUGGGACUUUUCUCUCUCUCUCUUUCUUUUUACAUUUGGUCAAGCAGCACCUACCUAAGCCCUGAAAAAAUGCCUGCCCAUGAAGCGAGGAGAGGGCGCCGGGUCUGUAAAUAAGAAUAUGAAAUGUUGGAGCGAAAAGUGGAUGUCCUACUGAGUCAUCAGAGACAAUUUGUCGAAAAGAAUCGUCUGUCCUUAGAACAGAAAAUAAAAGAAAAGGAAAAAGAAGUGUUUCGUCAGCUACAUGACUUACUGACAGAAGAUCUGCAGUGCGAACAGAUAAACCAGGACUUGCAGCAAGCCAAUAAUGCUCUACAGGCAGAACUCGACAAAGCAAUAGCAGUGAAACACCGUUUGGAAAACGACUGCAUUGAGCUUAACACAGAAGCUGUGCAGAGCAGAACAGGCUUUACUUGCAAACCAGUCAAAGGAACUGGAAUAAUUAAUAAUUUAAACUGGAAAUCAGACCUUUCUCCUGAUGCCAGAUAG